AUGGAAAACGAAGAGAAAUUCGAAGGCAACUUUGAUUUAUGUGAUAAUGCCAAAAUAUUUAGAUCAAAACUAAUUGAUACCUAUUCCCUAAUAGAUAAAAUAAAGAAAAAGGAAGCAAAAAAAAUUGUCAAUUUUGCGGACAUCGGAACUUUAAAGCAAGUAAAUGAAAAGGAAUUGGUAUCUCUACCAAACCUAGAAAUUAAAAACAAAAAAUAUGUUAGCGUGAAAGAACAUGGUUUAUUUACUGUAAUGGUUGAGCACGGAAAUAAAAUUCCUUUCGAAUUUUGGAUAUCCUGGAUACGAAAUAUACCAAUAUCAAGUUUAGUAGACGAAAACCCUAGGCUAAUAAAUGUGGCGCACACACUGAGAGCAUUUAGAAUACUUCGAAUAUUGAAAUUGAUACCUCGUGUGCAAGCGUUACGUUUGGUAACCUUGGCCCUAAGUAGAUCCUUCAAGGCAGGAAUUUUUUUGUCCGUAUUAUUUUUCAUAUUCGCAUUUAUAUUUUCAAUAAUUGGCUUAUCAUAUUUUGAAGAUUAUACGAUAUCUUCUCUCAACGGAUUAAAAUAUCAAUACAGUUUUAGCGGAAUCAUAUAUACAGGGGCUACUUUAUUCAGAAUAUUUACGUUAGAUGGAUGGCAUGAUCUUUUAGAAGAUGUAUUAAUCAUAAAGGAUCCCGUGUUGGCCUGCACCUAUUUCAUUUUGUGGAUUAUAAUUGGCGCUUUUAUCUUUAGAAAUUUAUACAUAGGAAUAAUGGUUAACAACUUCCAAUCCAUAAGAACCGAAUUGCAGAAAGAAAUGGAAGAGGUUGAAAAGAAUAGAAAAGCAGAAUUAAGGAAAGAAUCUUUUAAUAUUGAAUUAAUGAAACAAGAUUUGACUGAUGAACUCAAUCCCGAAUUCAAGGAUAAUCUUGACAACAAAAAGGGGAUAUCAGAAAAUACAGUUAUAGAAGCCACCAGUAAACCUCUAGAUGGUCUAGAUCAAACUAAUGAAUUGCAUAAAGUAUCAAGUAAUGCCGCAGUGUCAAAAACUUUGCAAGAAGGAAAAAAAUGGGAUGGUUACGUACGCAAAAAUCUAGACGUAUUAUCAAGAGUUCCGCAAAAAACGGUAUGGCCUAAGGAUACCUUAUUUGUAUACUUUCAAUUGAUGGAGGCUUUGAUGGAAAACUUGGAAGAAAAAAAAGAUAUAUUGGAGUUUAUCGGUUAA